AUGAGUCGCGAGCGGAAACGACGUAAUUCAUCCAUAGUCGAGAUGGCGUUGGUCAAUGCCGGCAUAACAAGGAAUGUUCCGCAGUGUCGAAGACGAUUGAGUUAUGAUCUAAACACAUCUGCGGCUUGGUCAACUAAUAGCAAUACAAAGCAGUUUAACAAAACGUUAGAGCCAGCUUCUAUCAGCAUUGACACUUCGAAAGAUUUGGCUUUUCCGGUUCUUGCCGAUAGUUUAAUAUGCACCGCAACAGAUCACACUGAAAUAACUGCAUCGAUGAAUGCUACAAGCAUAUCGGUUGAUCACGAAUUUAAUAUCACUUUAACUGCUGAACCAGAUAUUGAAGAACCGACUUUUAAUCAUCAUCAAGUUGAGAAAAACACACAAUAUACAUCACUUACGUCAGAUCAUGAUGUACCGUCUACAUCGGCAGAACCAAGCAAAGAAUCUAUCGUAUCAAAUCCAAUUAAAAGUGAAGUUGGUAAAAGAAAAUCCAAGAAAGAUAUUAAAUAUAUUGACUAUAUGUCAGAUCAAGAAGACUUUUCUACUUUUUAUGGUGACAUAGCUGAUUCAGAUAAUUGGUCAGAAGGACAAGAAGGAAUAACAUCAGAAGAUGAUUUGCUGUCAGAGGAACAAAAAGUUAAAAGAAAUAAAAGGUACACCAAAAAGGGGUCAAAAAUCAAAGACGAUGCCAAUACCCAAGAUGAUGUAGUCGGAGAAUCUGCGAGGAGAAUAAAAAAAUCUAAUUCAAGAAAAGAACGGUCAAAAAACAAAAAUUCUGGUCAACAAUAUAUAACAAAUAAGGGUGUCGUUGUACCAGCAAAAACUGUAUUGGCUAAUCCUUGUUCUGGCAAGAAAUAUGGCAAUGAUUGCGGGUCUCUGUCUGAAGAAAGAAGAGAAAGUUUAUUUAAUUUUUUUUUGGAAUCUUGA